AUGCCCGGAAUCCUCCUCAUCAACGGUCCCAACCUCAAUCUCCUGGGCACCCGCGAAACCCAUCUCUACGGUACAACAACCCUCGCCGACGUCGAAACCACCGCCAAAACCCUCGCCUCCUCAAAGGGAAUCCACCUCGAAGCCUUCCAAUCCAACCAUGAAGGCGCGAUCAUAGAUCGCAUCCACGCCGCACGGGGCCAAUUCGAUGCCGUGCUGAUCAAUGCGGGUGCGUUGACACAUACGAGCGUUGCUAUUCGUGAUGCGCUCAUUGGUGUGUCGAUUCCGUUUAUCGAGAUUCAUAUUACAAAUGUGCAUACUAGAGAGAAGUUUCGGCAUCUGAGCUAUUUGUCGGAUAAGGCUGUGGCUUGUAUCGUUGGAUUGGGGGUUUAUGGGUAUGAGGCUGGUGUCGAGUACGUGGCGAGGUAUUUAGUUAAGGCCAGUUGA